ACAGUUUUCCUUAGCCAUCCAAAAAGAUGGCAUUUCAAGCAGACAAGGCCUGCUUGCGGUGCAUGCUUCGAGGCAGUCAGCUAUCUUCAACAAUGCGUCCACUAAAGAAACCGCAAGGGGCGAGGCACUUCGCUUCAGGUUCGCCAUUGCAUUCCUACAUUACCAAUUCUAAGGCAGAAUUUGAAUCGGCGCAAAAAUAUUGUAUUGAACUCCUACAGAAAUACGACCGGCCGUCGUAUACACUUAGCACCUUCAUUCCUCGUCACACGUUGAACUUUUACAUUGCUCUCCGCGCCCUCAAUGUCUCCCUGUCCUUAAUCCCAGACAGCACAUCCAACCCUACGAUCGGUCUUAUGCGACUUCAAUUCUGGCGGGAUACCAUCACAAAAACACUCGCCGGCACUCCACCAAAGGAGCCCAUAGCCAUACUGCUUGCCCAUUCACUUUCCAGCCUGGAUGCUAGAACAAAGGGGAAAGCCCGCAUAAGCAAAGGGUGGUUAACACGGCUAAUAAAUGCCCGAGAGCAGCCUCUAACAAACACACCAUAUACCAAUAUUGCUGCCCUGGACCAAUACGCCGAAAACACAUAUUCCACCCUUUUAUAUCUGACGCUCAGUGUUCUCCCCCUCACAUCAUUGACAGUAGACCAUCUGGCGUCUCACAUCGGCAAAGCAGCAGGCAUAACAUCCAUCCUCCGAGGUCUGCCUUUGGUCGCAUUUCCCCCGCCGCCAAACCACCACUCCAACCAAGAUCCCUUAGGUGGUCCCGGAGGAAGUACCCGGCAGGGCCAUAUCACACUUCCGCUCGACGUGAUGGCGCAGACGAGGCUCAAAGAAGAAGACGUCUUCAGGCAAGGUGCGGAUGCCCCAGGCCUCCGUGAUGCUGUCUUUGCGGUGGCGACGCGAGCGAGUGACCAUCUCAUCACUGCUCGACAAAUGCUACAGAACCUCCGCGCAGGCAAGGAUGUGGGGCAUGAUUUUGAGCAUGAGGGAGAGGAAGGCCAUGAGUACUACGGACACGAGCCCGCAGCCGACGACGUUGAACGAGGGUUCGGAGUAUUGAUGCCCGCCGUAUCCACCCAACUCUGGUUAGAUAAGCUGCAGAAAGUUGACUUCGACAUAUUUAAACCGGAACUUCUCUCGACGGAUUGGAAAUUGCCUUGGAAGGCGUAUUUAGCUUUCCAGCGGAGGAAAUUUUAA